UAGCAUCUUCGUUUUCCAGCCUGUAGAUUUGUAGCUUCCCGGAGAGGGUUUGCUACAUAGUCAGUCUCAGUUUUCUCACACAUAAAAUCUCUAUUUGAGCAAAAUUUAGCUCUUUUUAAUUUUUGGCUCAGUCUGCACCUUGCUUGGAUAUGGAUAGAAAGUUUCAACACUGUUUUGUGCAUUAUAUUUUUUGCCUAUUGUUUGGUGAUCAAAGGGACAUAAUAGUAGAUGUUUCUAGUUCUUCUUGCAAUUUAUAACUUUUAGCAAAUGGCAUAUCUCUCUCUUUGGUACUGUAUCAUUCAGUCAUGUGUGUUUCUGGGAGAUACUGGAAAACAAUUAUAUAAUUCGAAGAUUAUUCUAACUUGAGCAUAAUUAUUGAGAUAACAGUGAUAUGAAUGUUUAUUUGUUAUGCGACUAUUCUUUGUAAAGCAUGAACUGCCUGAAAAUUGUAGGUUACAAACUUAUUGUACUAUCUUGAAUCUACUUUCCAUUUAUUAUCUUUAGUCUUCCUCAUUGAUCUAGCAUGUGAUGCCGACCCCUCUGAUUAAAGGUGAAUUACAUGCUGCUCUUUCUAUACAAGGCUAACUGAAUUGUUGAGCUCUUGAUUAUGAGCCGAGGAACAUAUGACAAGCCUGUUAUGUGAUGUAAAUAAUUUGCAUGAUUGUGUGCAAUGAACUUCACCUUCUGUCGAGCUAAUUAAGCAUAUGAUUCUUUUUCUCAUGAAGUCAGAUAUUGCUUACAUCAGAAUGUGAUUUUAUUUUAUUAAUGGUUGUUGUAGUUUUUGUCAGAAAACAACAACAAGAUUAUGAAUGAUGCUUCUGUAUCAGAAGGUCAAUUAUGGAAAGAUUACUACAAAUGAAAUUAGCUAAGGCUUCUGUUACCUCCAUGUCCUUUCUUUUCGUCAGGAAGAAUUAACUCAGUUAAUCAUAUGACAAUUUCGACUUCUUGAAGGAUAUUAACUUUUCUGUUAUGUUUUAUUUGAUCAUUCUAAGCUUUAACAUUGGGUAUCGGGAUACCUCACUCAAACAGAUUCAGAUAUAUGCAGACAUCACUUGGACAUCUGUCUCGAAAAAUCUGAUAACAUAGCAGGGAUCAAUGCGAUGAACUGAAAUGAAGACCUCGGAAUUUGCACAGAAUCCUCAGAACACAGAAGAAUUACAACCAUCAUCACAAGCUUCAAAUGAAAUUCAACCUAUUCAUCAAAAUCCUCUAGUUGCUGAGACUCCAGGACCAAAUCCGUGUUCAUCAUCCAUUACAAAUAGUCAGAACAGAAAUGUUUCCCGUGAAGACAUUGAACUUGUCCAAAACUUGAUAGAACACUGUCUACAACUGUAUAUGAACAGAGGAGAGGUGGUUAGAACUCUGUCCGAUCGUGCUAGGAUAGAACCUGGUUUUACUACACUAGUUUGGAAGAAACUUGAAGAAGAAAAUCCGGACUUUUUCAGGGCAUAUUAUAUAAGGCUGAAACUGAAAAAGCAGAUCAUUCUUUUCAAUCAUUUACUGGAGCACCAAUGCCAGCUGAUGAAAUGUCCUGUCCUACCUAAUGUUCCAUUGGCUCCAAUACAUGGUGGCAUUCAUGCUGGGCCCGGUAAUUUCUUUAACUUGAGAACCUGUCAAGAUGAUAACUGUUCAAAGAUUUCAGAAGCUAUCAAUGCAGUUAACAGUAUGCCUUUGGGGUAUCCAGUUCUUCAGCAACCUGCAAUGACGACUACAGGUCAGCCACAUUUUGAUCCUGUAAGUUGUGUAUUGUCUAGCUGCAAUGUGGUUAAUGGUAUUCCUGCUCCUGGAAGAUAUCACCCGAUUCAUGUAAAUUCUGGAAAUGUCAUUGUGAUUAAUGAUCACAAACCUGAAGCAACUCCUGCAACUGCUCCAUGUGGUGCCAUAUCAUCUUUGUCAGAGAUGGCUGCAAGUCCUGCAUCAGUGGCAUCAAAUAAUCAUUUUCCAUUCACUCCAUCUGAGAUAUCUGGGAUGGGCCUGGAUGCAUCAACACUUGAAACAACCUUAACAUCUGAUGUGGCAAGUAUGGGAGAGUUGCAACUCAGUCAAGAUUGUGCCAUUGGUUCCUCGAGAGAUUCACUGGGUUCAUUAGGACCACUUUGGAACUUUAGCAUUACAGACUUAGCAACUGAUUUGGCAAAUUUAGGAGAUCUCGGAGGUCUCGAAAACUACACCAGCUCUCCUUUCCUGCCAUCAGACUCAGACAUCAGGCUUGACUCCUCAGAGCACGAUGACACAAUUGAGGAAUACUUUGCGGAAGCUAUAACUGCACCAUCCUCUCAACCAGAUGAAGAGAAAUCUUAGGGAUGUGGAGACAAUUUUGCCGACUUCUCAUUUACCAUAGGUCGCUUACGACUUGCAUUGCAGGCUCUUCAUGUUGGACUUUGAUGCCAAGCACUGAGAACACCCGGUAGGUGCUCUUUGAAUAAGGUUCUCACCAUCUUUCUUUUAUUUGAAUCAUGGAGGUAGCAGACAGGAUGUCAUUUUUCUGGUCUGUCUUCCGUAAUGACAUUGGAAAUGUGUUGUUGAACUUGAAAACCAAAUUCAUGAGCUAUGCUUUUGUAGUUCGCUAUCAUGGACAUCGAUUUGGUGAAAUAAAUCAUGUUGAGAGUCA